GUUUAAUUACACACACCAUAUAAAAUGCACAAAUUGUUUUUGUAAUUACUUUUACAAACAACAACAUUACAAAAAUGUCCAUUCAUGAGCUACUGGUAAUAAUAUUGGCAAUUAUUACCACAACUAACAUGGUCAUUUACGUCCGGUGCAGCAAGGAUGAUUGCCAGGACGUGCACCGCAUACCGGGUACGGCCAAUUAUAGACCAAAAUGUGCGCCAAAGGGCACAAAAUCGCCCGACAAAGCGACCACGAUCGACAGGGAGGAGGACAUGAUACUGCAGGCCAUAUCGGCGCCCGACGACCACCAGGCGCUGCCCAAUUCAAGCGAAAUAGCUAAGGCCAUGAACGAGGACCAUGGUACUGACCAUGAGUUGGUCACCACCACCAAUGUCACCACCACCACGCCCAAGGGUGGUUUAUUGAAAAAGCUGAAACGGGCCAAGGAGAAACGGGCCGGCCAAGUGACCACCAUGAAAGAUUUAGUGGCCGACGUGAAAGGGCUGCUCAAGGACAGUCGC